AAUCAGCUUGAGUGAGACUUCACAAAACAUUAUAGACUCCUAAAAAUUCCAAUUCUAUAAGCCUAAAAAGAGUAUAAGAAAGAGAAAGGAAACUCUACUUCUCUCUUUUUAACUCUUUCUAACGCGGAAUUCUUCAUAUCAUUCAAUCAAACUUCAAAUCUAAGUAUAUUUAUUUUCUGCUGUCCUCUUAUUUUUCUUCAUUUCCUGAAAGAUUUCAAGUUAGAUUUUUUCUGCAGAGUCACUGAUUUUGGUGAAAAUUUGGAGAUUUUACAAGUGAAAAAUAUCUUGUCUUUUUGUCUUCUUUUAGUGCUUUUUCGCCACUUCUCACACCCCAAAAAGCCAGCAUUUCUUCUUUCAUAGUAACAAACAAAUCCAUUGAAAAUUCACUCAAAAAAAGAACCACGAUUUUGGUUUCAAUACUACUAUUUCCUUAUCAUUCUUAAGCUCAAACUUCACUUGGUUUAUUUCAAAAAGACUGAAUUUUUAUAGGCUAAAGAGAAAAAUAUGCAAGAUCCAUCAAUUUAUACACAAAUAAAGCCACAAUUUCCAGAGCAAGAACACUUGAAAUGCCCCAGAUGUGAUUCACCAAACACAAAAUUCUGUUAUUACAACAAUUAUAAUCUUUCUCAGCCACGUCACUUUUGUAAGAGUUGUCGUAGGUAUUGGACAAAAGGCGGUACUCUUAGAAAUAUUCCAGUUGGUGGUGGUUUUCGUAAGAACACAAAACGUUCUUCUUCUUCAUCCAAUAAGAAAAUUUCCUCCUCAACGACGUCGUCUUCAGUUUUAUCUUCAAAACCUGAUCAGAUAACAAAUCCAAAACCAGAGCCAUUUGGUAUACCUGCAAUUCCAGAUUUUGAUCAAAACAGUAAUAGAGUGAUUGAUAUGAGUAAUGGGCAAUUCAGUGCACUGUUGGAGUCAAACGGACCGCAAUUUGGGAAUUUGAUGGAAGCUUUGAAUCCGAAUAAUAAUGGGUCCAAUUUGCAGUUGGGUGAAUUUGCAAGGAAUCAAAAUACGAAUUCGGGUUCGGGCUCAGAUGGUACCCGUCAAAAUGGGAAUAACACAUAUUUGGGAGAUCAAAAUGGUGGAGAUUCUAAUAAUUGUUGGAAUGGUGGUAGCAAUGGUUGGCCUGAUCUUGCAAUUUACACACCAGGUUCCAAUUUCCAGUGAAUGGAAUUGCCAAAAGAAUAUUAGAGCUAGUAUUAGUAUUUAAUUAAGAGAAGGUAUUUAACUAUUUGCUAAGUAUUUAACUUUUUCUUUUUGACAUUCUUUUGGAAGUGUUAUCGCUGAUUGCAGUCUAGUAAUACAUAAUUUACCUCUGGAAAUGUGGUGGUGAAGUGCUGUGCAUGAGCACUGUCCUCCAUCCAUAAUACUCGUUUUCUAUAGGUAACGCAAUAUAAUGCAUAUUAAAAGAUGUGUGGGAUUUAAUACUUUAUUGGGUCGUCUGAUUUGAAGACUAAGUUAUUCUAAGAUUAGUAUAUUAUUUUUUAUUAACUGUUUGAUGUGUUGUAUUAAUCCUGAGAUUGUCAAUUAUAUUGCUUUAUCCUGUAAUAACUUAUCCUGGGAUUACUGUUCCA